AUGAAUUAUAAUAACCUAAGUGGUAAUCCGCAGUUACCAACAUAUUAUGUGGAUGCACUACCAACAUGUAACACAUGUAAUGGUUGUGUUACUACGCCGUAUAGCACUGGACAACGUCAUCAAUUUAUGGGAGCAAAUCGUCCAUCGAGAACAUUAAAAUAUGUACUUAAAAAUGUCUAUAUACUUUCUCCAGUAGAAAUUUCUAACACGAAUGACGUUAUUCCAGAACAAUAUGUGCAUACGCCAACAUGUAAUAACUCGCAGUUAUACAUGUAUAACCCACAAUAUUUUGAUCAAGUUAACCAACAGACUUUUCAAAAUCCACCACAAGAUAUCAGGACGACUUCUUUUCCUCAAAGGAAUUAUUUGAAGACUUUCGAUUGUACGUCCAUUUCUUCUUCAAUUGCGAGUAAUUCAAUGAUGACUAAUAUUAAUUAUAACAUGGCUAACGCUCCCAACGUUCCAGUCUCGCAAUUAUGUACUCCAAUCACGCCGUAUGACGCACAAUAUACAGUUACUGAUCAGCAAAAUUUGCAAAAUUUCCAAAAUCCGUCGCAUUAUGUUGGAAAUACUUAA